UGAACUUUGCCCUGGGGUGACACUCUUCCUUGUCACUGAUUAACCUGCUCUAAUAGAAGGCUGCCUGGUCAACAUCCUGCUCUGCCUGAAGAGAGCUAUCUGGCCAGGCUUUGGAGAGCAGAAAAAAAUGUCCACUCGCUACCACCAAGCUGCUAGCGAUAGCUACCUGGAAAUCCUGAAAGAGGCUACCAAGCGAGAUCUAAAUCUUUCUGAUGAAGAUGGCAUGACCCCCACUCUCCUGGCAGCCUACCAUGGGAACUUGGAAGCCCUAGAAAUAAUCUGCAGCAGAGGAGGGGACCCCGAUAGAUGCGACAUCUGGGGAAAUACUCCUCUGCAUUAUGCAGCCUCCAAUGGCCAUGCCCACUGCGUCUCUUUCUUGGUCAACUUUGGGGCCAACAUCUUUGCUCUGGAUAAUGACUUACGGUCCCCGCUGGAUGCUGCUGCCAGCAGGGAGCAGAAUGAAUGUGUCGCUCUCUUGGAUAAGGCUGCCACGACUCAGAACAUAAUGAACCCCAAGAAGGUCACCAGGCUGAAGGAGCAGGCUCAAAAGAAUGCCAGGAGGCAGAUCAAAGAGUGUGAGAGGCUCCAGGAGAAGCACCAAAAUAAGAUGGCCCGCACCAGCAGCAGGGAGGGCUCCGGGACUCUUUCUUCUUCCAAGGGCACCUUCUCCAGUUCAUCCCUUUCAAACGCUUCUGUUUCCAGCACAUUCGGGUCACUGUCCAAGGGCAUUAAAGAUACUUUCAAGAUAAAAUUAAAGAAGAGCAAAGACACAGCAGAGCAGGUGGAGAAGGAAGGCAGAAGUGGGCAGAGGAAUGUGAUGGAAGUGUUCAGAGAGGAGGAGGAAUACUCAUUCUUAGGGGACUUCAAAGAGAAGCUCCAGUUCUCAGCAGAGGAGGACGGCGAUGUGCAACAUGAGUCCAUUCUCAAACGUCCAGGUCUAGGAAGCAUUGUUUUGCAAAGGAGCAGAGUACUAAGUCCUGAAGACAUCUCAGACAGUAAGAUGGAGUUGGGGUUUAAAAUGCCCAGUGAAUUGCUUCAAAGGCAAGGAGCAGCAGAGGCUGAGGAAGCUGAGGCUGACGAAGGGGGAGAGGAAAAUGGCCUUGAAGAUGAUCUGCCUUGGGAUGAGUGUGAAGUGGACUGGGAAGAGGAUGUGGUUGAUGCUACUCCCCUGGAAGUGUUCUUGCAGUCCCAGCACCUGGAAGAAUUCCUUCCCAUUUUCAUGAGAGAGCAGAUUGACCUGGAUGCUCUGUUGCUCUGCUCUGAUGAGGACCUUCAGAGUAUACAAAUGCAGCUGGGUCCCAGGAAGAAAGUUCUUAAUGCCAUCAACAGAAGGAAGCAGGUGCUACAACAGCCUGGGCACCUGGUUGACACCAGCCUCUGAUGAAGAGUGUUGGGUCUAUAGGGUGAGCCUGCUGGGCACUUAAAAUUAUAAUUUCUCAUCAUAUUAGCUUGCUUCUUACUUUCUUAUUUGUACAGCCUGGGGAUUCUAACUCCAGUUCUGUCCUUAGCUCUAUGACUUUGCCCAUUGGUGGAGACUAAAAUUCCUCAUUGGCCUGAGACUUGAUGUCUACUUAAAUGCAUCUAAUCCUUUAACAGAUGUUUAUAUGUUUACAAGUAAUGGAGAUGGGUCUAUAAUACUCCUGCCUGAGAACAGAGACAGACUGGCAGGUAGGAAGAAUGAAGAAAGAAAUAGAAUAUGGGGUAACUGUUAUGGACUGAAUUUUGUCCCUCCUGAUUCAUAUGUUGGAGCCCUAAGCCCCAAUGUGACUAUAUUCGGAGAUAGGGCCUUAAAAGAGGCCAUUAAGAUUAAAUAAGGUCCUAAGGAUGGGUCCCUAAUCCCAGAUGAAUGGUGGCCCUAUAAGAAGAAGAAGAGAAACCAAGGAUAAAUGCUUAGAGGGAAGGUCAUGUGAGGACUCAGUGAGAGGGUGACAUCUGCAAGCCAAGGAGAGAGACCUCAGGAGGAAACAAGUGUGCCAACACCUUGAUCUUGGACUUUCAGCCUCCAGAGUUGUGAAAAAAUAAAUGUCAUUUAAGCCACCUAGUCUGUGGCAUUUUGUCAUGGCGGUCCUAGCAGAAUAAUACAGCACCUAAGCGAGGCGGGGGGGGGGGAAGCAGAGAAAGAAAGAUAUAGGAAAAGAAAAAGUCUCCCUAUUGAUGAUCUUUCUAAGGGCGAACACCUAUGGAAACUUAAGAAAAGGAAAAAGAAAUGUAGGUUCUUUGGAGGGGAGAUUUGCUUGUAAAAGUAAAUUUUACCUUUCUGUGCUCAUUAUGUACCUAUCUUUUAUUUACUGUUGUCUAUGACUACUGCUGCCUGUCUGAACACAUGUAGGUUCCACGACAUGAACUGGCAACAUUGGUGCUGACAUUUUUUGAAGGGCAAUCCCAAAGUCAAAUUGAAACCCUACUGAAUAGCUAAGUUUACUGUUGAUUUAUGUGUGUAAUAAAGAAGCAGCUGUUUAUUUUCAGCAUGCUUUCUGGUUCACAUCUGUUUGCAUUACUUCUAAAAGGCACCAUGGAGGGUAUAAGCUUAGGGAGGAUGCAGAUGCUCAAGUCUGAUGAAUAAUUGGCUCAUUCUUCCACAAUGGAUAGAUUCAGAAAGCUUAUUAGUCAUUGAAUAAAUAUGUUGCAUUAAGGAAUGAUUAUGUUUACAAAUACUGUAUUUUUUUCUGGAAUAAACAGAAGUUGUGCUUGCCUUCAUUAAUGUGAACAGAAGUAGUUGGCAUAUAUAAGGCACUCGAAGUGUGUACGGUGAGCCUGCCUCUAUUUUAUUUAAUAUUUCAUUAUCAUCGAUGCCAGGACCCCUUCUUCACAUAUUGUUCAGAAUCUGCCUAAUGAAACACUAGUUCUACUUCCUGCCUCAACUUACAUAACAACAAGACAGUCAUCAGGUUAGUAGAAAUGAACCUGAACAUGCGACUCCCAUCCCUUUUUGUGAAAUGCUUGUUGCUGGGGGUCUCACUGGGCCCUUUUAGGCUCUUCUAAUGCAACCUAUUUAUUAUGGAUUUGGAGCCCAAGGCAAUGAUCUGGGCUGGUAACUAAGAUUUAGGAAAUUAUGAGCAUGUAACUGUCCUCGCUACCCGACAGCCUGAAAUGUAAGCACAAGACGCCUUUACCACACUGUAACUUCUCAAACCCCUCUUUUUAGUGAAAUGCUCCCAGCUGCUUUUCCUUCUUGUUGACUUUUAUGUCAAGAUACAUAAUGGGGGCAAAAGCAGGGCCAGGAGCUGGGAGGAGCAGGGAGAUCAGAUGUCAUUGGAUCGAGUGAUUCUAAGCAUCUAGUUGAAGGAAUGGAGUCUGAGAUCAGUGAGUAUUUGAAACUCAUCCUGGCACGUUGUCCUCUUGUCUUUGUCUCUCAUCAAGGCCUUUAUAGUGUUCUAGCACUUUCUCUUAGGCCUCGUUAGUUAGAGUUUAGUUUGAAAGAUCUGGAAGUACUUCAAACUCAAUGUGUGCAGAACUGAACCCAUUUUCCCCCAAGUCGACAGUUCUCAAGCUGGGAGAUUUUGCUCCCUGUGCCCCAGAGGACUUCCGGCAAUGUCUGAGACAUUUUUCAUUGUCCUGAGAUGGUGGGGGUGGAGGUGGUGAGUGGGUAGAAACGAUGGAUGCUGAACAUCCUACAAUGUAUAGGACUGCCUCCCCUGACAAUGAAUUAUCCAGACCUAAGUGUUGAUUGUGCUGAGGGUGAAACGCUCAGCUCUAAAUAUCCAUUUUUCAUAAAUGGAAAGUUUAACCCAACACUUCUUUUCCUUUCUUCACCCAAUUGGGCAUUGAGCCCUUUCAACUUUUUAAUGUGUCUUAAAUCUAACUCCUCUUCUGUGUUUAUAAGACCAGUGGUCCCCAACCUUUUUGGCACCAGGUUUCGGUUUCAUGGAA